AUGGCAACAGAACUACUACUGGUCUUCCUUUCUCUAGCCAUCUUCCUAUGGCACUGCCUCCUCAGAAACAAGCACUCACCCGUCUACCAAUGGCCAUUCCUGGGGAUGCUCCCUAGCCUCCUCUUAAGCUUAUACAACUACACACUCCACGACUUCUGCACUCGAGCCUUGAGGCGAACAGGGGGAACGUUCCUUCUCAAGGGACCCAGUUUCAUCAAUGUCGACUUCAUGGUGACGAGUGAUCCCACAAACAUCAACUACAUCUUCAACAAGAACGCGGCCAACUACAAGAAGGGUCGCGACUUCAGGGCCAUAAUGGAUCCUCUGGGCGACGGGAUCUUUAAUGUUGAUGAUGACUCGUGGAAGUUCCAGAGGAAGCUCCUCCAUUCCUUGUUGAACAACCCCGAGUUCGAGGGUCACACCAUGAAGACCCUCGAAAGGAAGAUGAGGAGCAACCUUCUGCCGGUCCUCGACAGAGCAGCAACAAAAGUUGGCGGGGACGAGGCGUUGGAUAUACAGGACGUGUUUAAGAGGUUCAUGUUUGACAACAUGUGCAUGUUGGUAUUGGGAUUCGACCCCAAAUACCUCCCCGCGGGGUUCGAGGGCGGAAGGCUCCCCAAGAGUGCGUGUAGCAACGCCUUCGAUGAGUUGGGAGAGGUGGUGAUAUACCGAUACAUGGUUCCAAUAUGCGUGUGGACGUUUCAACACCGACUUCGUAUUGGAAUGGAGUGGAAGUGCAUUCGAGCCUGGAGCACCGUAGAUAAGUUACUUUAUGGUACCAUCAACAUGAAGAAGCAAGAAUUAGCAACGAAGAAACACUCCGUCGGCAAUGACAAGCGGGAUUUGCUAACUCAAGUUUUGGUCAUGAAAGACGAGGAUGGCAGGGGUGACGAAAAAAUCAUUGAUAAAACUUCCAACAACUUUCUGAGGGACACUAUGUUCACCUUAGUUGCUGUCGGGAGGGAUACCAUCACUGCAAGCCUUACUUGGCUGAUAUGGUGUGUGGUGAACCACCCCAUCGUUGAAAAAAGGAUUUUGGAAGAGCUGGGACUAGCAAUAGCGGCUCGACCACCAACCGAGGUUGAUGAAGAAGAAAGAGGAGGGGGGUUUAUGAACAACAACGAGUUGAACAAACUUGUGUAUCUCCAUGCAACUGUUUGCGAGACACUAAGGUUGUACCCACUAGUUCCAUUCGAGCACAAGUGCGUCGUGGAGGUGGAUGUCCUUCCAAGCGGGCACACAGUUCAUAAAGAAGAGAGGAUAGUGUUUUCCAUAUACUCCAUGGGAAGAAUGGAAAAUAUAUGGGGAAAGGAUUGCAUGGAGUUCAAACCGGAGAGGUGGAUUUCGGAGACAGGAACGAUAUUACAUAUCCCCUCGUAUAAGUUCAUGACCUUCAUAACUGGGGCAAGGACAUGCUUGGGAAAAUCCAUGGCUUUCACUCAAGUCAAGUACCUGGCUAGUGCCCUCCUUUGGAACUACAAGUUUGACCUCAUAGAUAAUGGUCCCUCAGUUAAGCCAACGGUCGGGAUGGUCAUGUUUAUGAAAGAUGGGUUGAAGGCAAGAGUCAUUAAGAGAAAUAAUUGA